UUCGACAACCCACAGCAUCCAUCCUCAUGCGCUCACACGCUGCGUGAUCCCCAUCACAAACCGAGAGCGGCGGCUUUGCUGAGCCGAUGGAGUAGUAGUAGUAGUGGGAGUGCUCGCAGCUUCAUUUGGCCUCUAUUCUCCUCCUUUUUUUCUUCAAUGGAUUCGCCUUUUCUCUGGAAUAUUGCUUCAACCCACCGCGAGUGAGCUGCCGUGAAUCCUGAGAGGAGAAGUCUCCCCGCAGGAGACAAGAUGGCGUCCAACAACACCCUGCGCAGCUACUCCAUCAUACCAUGUUUUAUCUUUGUAGAGCUCGUCAUCAUGUCCGGCACGGUGUUGUUGGCCUACUACAUGGAGUGCACGGACCUGUUCAGCGUGCACAUGCAGGGCUUCUUUUGCAACGACGCUGAGCUGAUGAAGCCCUACCCCGGCACAGAGGAGUCCAGCUUUAUCCCCCCUCUCAUCCUGUACUGCGUGGUGGCUGCUGCCCCCACCGCUGUAAUUUUCGUCGGAGAGGUGUCCAUGUAUGUGAUGAAAUCGACGAGGGAAGCUCUUCUGGCCCAGGAGAAAACCAUUGUGACAGGAGACUGUUGUUACCUCAACCCCCUUAUACGCCGCAUCGUACGCUUCGUAGGUGUGUUCGCAUUUGGUCUGUUUGCCACGGACAUCUUCGUAAAUGCGGGCCAGGUGGUGACGGGAGGUCUCUCGCCAUACUUCCUGUCUGUCUGCAAGCCCAACUACACCGGCACCGAGUGUCGUUUUAAUCACCAGUUCAUCAUCAACGGCAACAUCUGCACCGGGAACCCCAUUGUUGUGGAAAGCGCUCGCCGGUCGUUCCCAUCCAAGGACGCUUCGCUGAGUGUUUACUCUGCUGUUUACCUGACGAUGUACAUCACCAGCACCAUCAAGACCAAGUCCAGUCGUUUGGCCAAGCCUGUGCUCUGUCUGGGCACGCUCUGUUCGGCCUUCCUCACCGGCCUCAACCGAGUCUCAGAGUAUCGGAACCACUGUUCGGACGUGGUGGCUGGAUUUAUACUGGGAUCAGCCGUCGCUCUGUUUCUGGGCAUAUGUGUUGUGAACAACUUCAAAGGCGUCCACAGUGCAGCAGCUAAACAGAAAACUGAAGACUACCGUGGCCUCCCUCUGAUGACGUUCCCCCGUGUAGAGAGCCCUCUGGAGACUCUCAGCGCACAGCAAUGACACAUGUUAAAAGGAAAAUACAAGCAUGACCUUUUGCACUACACCCCUGCCUCCUUUCCAAACGCACACAAAGACACUCAGAGCACUCCUGAAACUCUUGGACAAUGAUUUCCCUCUUUCUCUUUAUUUCCUCACACUUUUCCUUCUUCUUUCCUGUUUUCCUUUCCUUCUCAUCUCCUUCAAUCCUUAUCGUUUUUCUCCAUUCCUCCAUUCUUCCACGUCCGUUUUUAGAACCACUCAGCAUCGAUGACGGAGGUCACAUGACUAAGGGGGCAGCACCGGGUCACGUUUGCGUCUCCACAGCACUUCCAGACACAAUGACGAGGACGCAUGCCACGUGGCUCCGAAUGCUUAAUAAAAAAACACUGCUGAUAUAUCUGUUUAAAUCACCUGGGGGACAAAAUGCACCAUGUUUCGAAUGGUUCUUAUUUAGUUGGGCUAUGCUCAAUUAUACCUGCCAAGGCACAUCCAUUGCAUCAAAAAUAUCACAAAGCAAACUUAAGCACAGAUUUUUGUUCCAGAUAUUUGAAACUAUUUGAAACAUCAGACGUUUUUUUCCCUCAAAAGGUGUGCUGUUUGUAGUUAGAGGACGGUGUUUUGUACAUUUUGUAUGAGCGAGUGCUGUAGCCUAUCCUGACGGUGUUAAACCUGCGCACUUCCUGUCGGCUAACUCACUCUGUUUUACAUCACAUCCUGUCAGGUGACUUGCCUCGUCGAUCACCACAUCUAUUCCCACUCAGUCUGAAAAAAUGUGCUAUGGAAAAAAAUAUUGAUGUUGUUGUUCUGUGAUGUUUGUCAUUUGUACAGAAAAAAAAGACAGAAACCUUCUUUUUAUUAUCUCUCUGUACAUUAACUGACCGUGUCAGGUCAUAUUUUGUAAAGAUUUUUGUCAAUCUGUAUGAUUAUUAUGAUCCAUUUGGACCUGUUUGCUUGCUCUGUAAACCUGGAUAUGUUUUGGUAUCAGUUUAGGUGUUAUGGGGAGCGUUACCUCUCCCUGCUGGAGGAAGUGACAAGGAAGAGUCAGUGAUAUCCUUCGAGUCAGAAAAUGGGGUUUGGCACUUGAACUGUCCUGCUAUCAGCCACAAUGAUAUAUGAUUGGUUGAAAUUCUCAUUAUGAAUGCGUUUCACCCCAAUUUCCUGAUUCACUUUGAGAUUUUCUUUCCAUGGAGAGGUCCAGUGGGGCUAGCCUGUGCCAGAUCUAACUGAAGAUGUCUCUGGUAUGACUGUACAAAUAACUUUUAACUCUAAUCCCAGUGGAAUACAUCCUUGUAAAAUACAUGAAAAAAGGAAAAGAGACAGAAAUGCUCUUUGGAGUAAAUCAGAGUGAUUUACUUAAGGCCUGGCUAGCCCUUUUAAUAGAAACCAGGCUAAUGACUCCUGCUUCCCUUUUCCUCCUUGAGGCACCCCCCCUCCCAACCCACCAGUGGAUUGUGAUGCAAUGUUGUGACUCCAUUACCCAUUGGAAGAUACGCCCAGCAUGACGAGAGAAGUCAAGAUGUUUUAUAGAUAUUCAUGAUUUCAAUUAUGCUCAUUAUCAUUGUGAUUAUCAACGUCUUUUUACUUUCAGAACAAAAAAAGUGUUUCAUUUGAAAUACAACAUAUAUUUUUUUCUUGGUUUGUCCACAAAUUAAAUAGUCA